AUCACACUUCAUCGCACUACCACGCCACAGCAAGUCUCGCGACGAACUAUUUUAGAAUCGGCCGUUUUGUGGGGGAUCAUCCGUCCAUCCAAAACAACCUUUCCAUAAUGCCUACACCACUCCCGUCGAGUUUCGCUUCCGCCGCCGCCGGCAACACCCAGGACCCUAGUCGAAGAGGGGAUGGAAAUGCUGGUGGAGAAUGGUCUCGAUCCCGCAUCAACGGAGCCACCCAGACCUUCCGCCGCCCUUCCGUUGCUACCAACCCUACGCACACUCGGGAGAGCAGCCAUGCAGCAUCUGCCUCGACUCCCACCUCUGGGGCCUACAUUCCCCCGCACAUGAGCUCAAAUACCUUGUCUAGUGCAGUGCGGAACGGCGAUGCUCGAUACUCCAAGGACCAACUGAUAGACUUGUAUAAGGUACAGCGGGAGUCGGGAUCCUUGGGCAAGAACGUGGAGGACUACUUUGUGGCCGACUGGGAUCCUCACAUGGUGCCGACCUCGGUGAAUGGAGCGUGGGGAAAGCGGGAUGACCACAAGACCUCUGCGGGGCCCGAGGUGUGCUGGGACCAUGGUGGUCAGGCUGAACCGCUAGGCCUGAAUGAUAUGACGGAGAGUGAGAAAGAGUUCUUCGCCGCGUCCGUCAAUUCUCCUCUUAAGCCCCCACCAACGAACGCCCAGAAGGAAAACGCUGGGCCAACUCCUGGAGGUCGCAAAGGGUCAAUUUCAUACACCCAGGGCCACAUUAAUAACUACAAUACCUCCUCCCCCACCACCAACCGUCCGGGUGUGAGACGCCGGGAGACGGGUGAUUCCGUGGGCAACCCCAUGUCUCCUACCACCUCAAGCUCGCGCUUUUUCCGUGACGAAGCGAAUACCUCUACCCCUCCUCCAGCGCUUCUACGUCGCAAGACCGACUUCCGAGAACCGGGCAUGAAAGCGGACGAGAAAGGUGCCGAUGCUGCCUCUCCCUUCGGUUCCUUGAAGCGCAGCACCACGAACCCGAUGAAUCCCAAUCCGUUGAAUACGGCGGUCGGCCCGAGCUCCCCAUGGGGCCCGGCAUCGGCUUCGGCAAGUGCCAAUUUCUCUCCGAUGGGUGCCUUUGGAGCUUUCUCCCUUGGUUCAGGCUCUGCUUCUGCCACAACCCCCACGGCGGAGAAGAAGCCUGGGUAUGGAAGUCUGCGGGGUGAGAGCAGGUUCAAGGGCCUGCUUUCGAAGGACAGCUCGGAGGAUAUUGCGGGAUCCAUCAAGGAGAAAAACCUCACUGGUCUCGAACGACUAGUGGAGGAUGAUGGCGGCAAGCGUGCGCAGUCGCCUUGGGGAGAUGCGGUGAGAAAUCGUGCUGGCCGGAGCGAGACUAAUCCAUUUGACGAGCCUCGCAGUGGCAGUGCAGCUCUUGGUGGCUCCCAAGAUGAUGAGGCGCCCGGUCAGGAUGCUGGGUUCGGUGCCUUUGGCAUGACCUCGAGCAUUCCCGGUUUCCGAGAGUUGAUGCAGAGUCAGGAAAAUUCGAGAAACCCUACGCCGAGCCUGCUCCAGGGGCACGAACCGACCAGCCCGACCAACACCAACCCUUAUCAAAGCCCUCAUGGCGAGCGAGGAAUGGAAGGGGAGGAUGUGGAUACUGAUGGUUCGGACAUUCAGCACCCCCAACACCCCGGACUCAGUGGGUUGCGCGACCCUUCCAAUCCGUUUGGAUCGAUGAGACGGGCUGGUUCAGGAAUGGACCUUCCCAGUGUCGACCGCAGCCAGAACUCGAGCGUCAAUGCCAAUCGACCCUUCUCCGGUCUUGGUAGCCUGGGUGGCCUUCCAUCUCUCGGUGGAGCUUCCGCCUGGCCCUCCGGAGGAGCUAUCGGUACCCCGACUCGCGAGCGUUCUGCUUUUGGUGGUGGAUUCGGUGAUCCCAUCUUUGGCACGAUGGGCGACCUUCAGUCCCCAAGUCUGUCUACGCUGGGAGGCGGUGGCCUCUUUAGCCCGCAUGCUGGCAUUGCCGGGACUGCAAGCAUCGGCCGGGGAAGCAAGCUGGGUGCUCUCUUCUCGUCGACCAUGCAGGAUGACCAAGGGCGGCCGGAUUCUGUCGGCCUGGGUGACCUAUCUGGUCAACCUGAUCCUGGCCUGGCAAGCAAGCCUGGAUCGAAUUCUGCAUCUCAGACCUCCGCCUCGGCUGUUGACUCUCUUCCAGUCAACUAUAGCCAAGAUCCCACGCAGGCUCAGACUCCUGGCGGAACUGUCCCUCCUGCCCAGCAGCGCACCAUGGUCAUGCCUGAUCGUAUGCGCUGGAUCUACCGCGACCCGCAGGGCAAUAUUCAAGGGCCAUGGACUGGCCUUGAAAUGCACGACUGGUUCAAGGCUGGGUUCUUCAGCCCGGAUCUGCAAAUUAAGAAGCUUGAAGAUGGAGAAUUUGAGCCGCUCGCACAGCUGGUGCGCCGCAUCGGGAACUCUCGCGAGCCUUUCCUUGUUCCCCAGAUUGGCAUCCUCCAUGGUCCUGAACCCAAUGCUACUCCGUGGACUGGCACUGGUGGCACCACCACCCAGGGCUCUGCUCAGCCCCCGUUCCCUGGCAGCUUCCCCAGCUUUGGCACUACGUUGACCGCUGAGCAGCAGAAUGCUCUCGAGCGACGCAAGCAGGAAGAGCAGUACCUGAUGGCUCGCCAGAAGGAACACCUCGCCCAGCAACAGGCUAUCAUGAAGCAGAUGGGUGGCUCGGGCAGUUCAUCCAUGCAGCCCCAGCUCCAGCACCAGUCUAGCGCCCAUAGCCUUCACAGCCAGCCUAGCUUUGGCAGCAUUGCCUCGCCUGGCGCGUACCAACCCUCCCCCAUCCAGGCUCCGUUACAGCAGCAGUCUCAAGGGGUUCCUGGCUUCUUUGACGGUGCUGCUCAGCUCAGACAAGGUGGCUUGCCCAACAUUGGACCUGGUAUGCUUGGCACCGAUCUCGGUGGUGGACAGGAUCAGCUUCCUACCCUUCUUGAUCGUCUGAACAUCCGACAGGAUCCAUUUGCAUUCGGCGGAGCCUCCGCAAUCGGUGGUCGCCAGCCUGAUAGCCUUUUGCACUCCCAGCAGGUAGCUUCCAUGCUCCAGGACCGUGCUCAGCUUCAGCAAGAGCAGGAGCAGUUCGACAAGGCUAAUGCCAACGAUCCUUUCGACCAGGAGGCUCGUGAGGAACGCCUGCGUCAAUUCCACGCUCUGCGUGCCCAGGAAGGUGAAUUGGGCAUGCGCACCGCUGAAGGUCUUCCCACUCACCCCGCUGCCUCCCAGCAACUUGAAGCCGAGGCUGCUGCUGUCGCUGCUUCUUUGGAGACAGGCCCAGAGUCCGAGACCGUUGCCGAGGAGCCUCCUUUGACCUUGUCCCAGCAAGUUCAGAAGGCUGCUACUGCGCAACGUCAGCAGCAGGAGGAGCAAGAGCAAAGCCAGGCCAACUCCGAAUCCGUGUGGGGAGUUAACAAGCUGGAUCAUGCUAUGCCCCAGCCUUUCCCGCCGCCACCAUCCGCAUCGCCUCUGCCUGCCCCGGCUGCUCAGCGCAAUCGUCAGCAUGUCGCUGAUGCCCUCGCUGCCGGAUCUCGUUCUCAGACUCAAACCCCCAUCGAUGCCGCGCCCACUUCUGUCGCUCCUUGGGCUAAGGAUGCCAAUGAACUUCCCAAGGGACCCUCUCUGAGAGAAAUUCAAGAAGCUGAAGCUCGCAAUGCUGCCCAGCGUGAGGAAAUUGCUGCUGCCAGUCGUCGUGCCCAGCUUCUCGCUGAACAAGAACGACUCAGCCAAGCUCAGGCCCAGAUCGUCCCUGGCCUUCCCUCGUCGGCCAACUGGGCCAGCAGCGGAUCUCCCGCUACCCCUACCUCCACCGGCUCCGCAUGGAACACCAAGACUCAGCCUGCUCCUACCAACACUGGCGCCAAGAAGACCCUCGCUCAGAUCCAGAAGGAAGAGGAGGCCCGCAAGCAACGUCUGGCUGUCGCCGCCGCCGCCGCCGCCCAGACAGCCACCCCUAGCCCUCCCGCAUCUGCCAGCAAGCGCUACGCCGAUCUCGCUAGCAAGGCCCCUGCUCCUUCUGCCGCUUCUCCCGCUACUGCCCCUGUCGGCUCUAGCGCCUGGACCACCGUCGGAGCCAGCGGCAAGGCCAAGGCCCCUCCCGCCGCCCCUCUUGGCCCCCGCUCAACCAGUGCUACUUCUCCCCUCGCCUCCGUCGCUGUUGCCAAGCCUCGCCCCGUCACCACUACUCGCACCGUGACUCUAGGCAGUGUCCCCCAGUCCAACCCCAAUCGCGCCGUCGAAGAGUUCACCAAGUGGGCUAAGCUCGCUCUCGGCAAGGGACUGAACAGCAACAUCAACGUCGACGACUUCGUCCAGCAACUCCUUUUCCUCCCCGCCGAAGCCGAGAUUAUCUCCGACUCUGUCUACGCCAACUCCCAGACCCUGGAUGGCCGCCGCUUCGCUGAUGAGUUCAUCCGCCGCCGCAAGCUCGCCGAUAAGGGCGUUAUUGACCCCAUCUCUCCCAGCGCCUAUGGCACUGAGCAGAGCGGUUCCGGUGGUUGGAGUGAGGUUGCCAAGAAGGGUUCCACUGCUAGUGUUGCUGCUGCCGCUGCUACACAGCGCGAGGAGGAAGCUAGCAGCGCUGCAUUCAAGGUUGUUGCUCCUCGUAAGAAGACUAAGCGGUAA